UUGACAUCUACAAAUACACUUCGCGUUUGCUUCUAAAAUCUAACAAUUGACACGCUUUUCUGUUCUUAUUAUAUCAGGUGAAUAAAAGAUGUGCAUUUCGCGUACAAAGUAAUCAAACAGGACCUCUUCCUCAAACAGACACACACCUGUACUUGACUUCAGCAAAAAUGGCUUGCGGAUGUGUUUUGAGCAGCUUCAUUUUUAGCAACGAUCUGACUACUAUCAGCAACAUUUUGGAGAGUUGCGUUUGGAAAAGAUUUUCUGUUUCAUCAGACAACGAAACAAUUCCAUCUGAAAGUUUUCAUUUUCAAACAACCCAUGACAGCGAUCCAGAUUCCUAUUCAAAAUAUGGAUUCGAGGAUAAGAAAAUAUCCGUCAUGAGACAAAGAUACGGAACAAAAGAUAGUUUUCUGAUAUAUUUGAAAAACAAAGGUUUUAUGGUUCAUGAAGAUGACAAGGAGAUGAACAGUUGUCGGUUUGAUGAGAAACUUACCUGUCCACAUCCGACUAUAACAGUUAGUGCUGUCUUUACUGGCUGCCCAUUGCUGUUGGGCUAUUUUCUUUACCUACACGAGGAGCCUGAAAAGGAAAAACAAAGCGGAAGUGUUACUGGUACUGACGCAAACUUAGCAUUAGUCGGUGACACAAGUCAAGUUCUGUCCGGUCCAGCUUGUAGAACCCAAUCUCAUCACACCCAACACACGAAGAAUUUAGACUUUACGGACACCCCACACACGAAUAAUGAAGACUUUACGGAAACCCCACACACGAAGAAUUUAGACUUUACGGACACCCCACACACGAAUAAUGAAGACUUUACGGAAACCCCACACACGAAGAAUGAAGACUUUACGGAAACCCCACACACGAAGAAUGAAGACUUUACGGACACCCCACACACGAAGAAUGAAGACUUUCCGAACACCCCACACAAGAAGAAUGAAGACCUCGAUGACACCCAACACACGAAGAAUAAAGACUUUACGGACACCCAACACACGAAGAAUGGAGAUGUUGCGAGCACUAAAACAUUGAGGCAAGAGUUGAACCGGCUGGUAGAUAUCCGCGUCGCCUGUGAAUUCCCACUCACAGAUACCUGGAUUCAUCAGUUUGUCAACCUAGUCGUCUCCCCUCUCCAUCUCGCCUGCUGGAGGCAUGACGUCACAGCCAUCCAAACCUUACUCCAACAUGGCGCUGACCCAGAUAAACUAGCACUAGAACAAGCGACAGAAUUCCACCACACGGAAGACGGGAAACUCUACGCCCAGUCACGUGAUAACCUGUACUACACUGAUGGGUUCCUGUUCCACAGAAGCAGAGGACUUUCCCCGCUUCAUUUUGUGGCGCUGGGUCUCAGAUCUCCGCCUAGAGAGAGUGUAAUGCCGGGUAAAAAGGUUGGCAUCAUUCACGAUGUAAGCGCUUGUCUGUUCAGACAUUUUGCCACAGACAAAACGCGAUCGGAUGCUUCACUCAACCUUGGGCCUGAUAGUAACUUAUCUCCUAUCUACAACUGCGGGGCAUCAGUAACUAGUUGUGUGGUCUCUUAUCUUGAUUGUAAUUCAUCUCCAAUCUAUAACCUUGGGGCAUUAGUACCUAUUAGUGAGGUCACUUAUCCUGAAAAUAACUCAACUUCCUUGUGUAACUUCGUGGCAUCAGGGAAACACAAAGACCUGACGCAGGUCAAGGUUAUGCUGACCCAAGCAUGCAUCACUGCGCUCAUCAAAGCAGGAGCGAACCCCAACUCCCCAGACAACAACACCUUCCAUGGAGCCCACCCUCUAGAUCUCAUUAUCCAGCCUCCCAUGAGAAUCUACUACGCUCCUUACGCUGCCAGACAGGCGCAGAACUCGGAGAGUCUGAGAAUUCAGAAUAUGAACCAGAAAGCCCCUAUGAUAAUAGCAGCAGCAGAUAUGUUGCUGUUUUACAACGCGUGUCUAUCGGAGUCAUUUUGCCUGCAGUAUCAAUGGAGACCACAGCUCCUGAAUGGCUUUCAUUUGAAAGACUUGGAAAGUUCUAUUGAAAUGGUCAAGAUUUUUAUAAAAGCUGGGCUUUUUCCAAAUAUUAGUUUAAAAAACAGCUGCAAGUUAUGUUCCAACAAAUAUUGCACAGACAAUCCUGACCAACAGUCGGAAGAACUUGUGAAACAUUUUAUUGCUGACGUCAUUAACACGUCAGUUCCUCUUAUGUUGGUUUCCCUUGUGUUGAAAUGGUGUGACGUGUGUACACUACAUACAAUACUUCGCGGAAUUCAAACCCCUGUUGACUCUUCAGGACAGAAGUCAAGUUUGGAAGAUUUCUCGAGAUUUCUAAUUUCCUUACAGAUGAGAUCUCUUCAGCAUUCGUGCGCACAUCAGAUCGCGAGAUGCGCUGACUGGAACACCCAAGCUCUCCUUUCACUUCCUUUACCCCUUGUGAUAAAACAAAAUAUCAUUCAUUUAAAUUAUUAAUUCGCAUUGGCUGAUGAAUGCUUUGUAAUUAAAACUUGAACGAAUUGGCUGAAUUAUUU